AUGACGGCCACGAGCCGGCCGACGUUGACGCCGUCGGAGAUUGAUGGCGCUUCCUGGGGCACUCUUCCUUCGCAGCCCUUCCGCCACUUCAUCGACACUCGUUCUGCUCAGGUUCAAUCUCUCCCUCACAGCGACAGCGGCCUGUUCACCAACUACAAGACUCCUUUUGGCGAAGAUCACGUCAACGCUCCGCCAACGAAGUUGAACUGCACCACACCGAACUCGAGCCCGCCAGUCGCGCCAGUCGCGUCAGUUCCAGUUCGUCAGAGUACUCACACCGCCGCGCGCAAGGAAACCUCCGUCAUCCCAGGAGCCACGGCAGAUGAUACCAUCGAUGUCGAUUCGCUCACUCCCCAGCCUCAGCACCGCCGCACUUCCACCAAGGGCAAGAAAGCGGCUAGGGGCCGCUCUCUUGGCGAACGCAGCACGAAGCCCAUCAAGCAGCUCCGCAUGCUUGCUGAGAACGACAACUUGGACGCGGCUCUCAAGCUUGGCUGGUCCGUCGAGCGUCUGACUGAGAUCUUCAAUCGCAACAAGGCUGCUCGUGGCAUUCACACCACCUCCAUCAUGCAGCCAAUCGAUGACCCCGAACUUCUCGCUCGAAUCGAAGAGAGAAAGCACAACGCCCGAGUCGCCACCCAGCGUCGCACCAACCGCCUCAAGGAGAGAGCUCACAAUGGCGACUUCGAGGCAGCGAAGAAGUUGGGCCUCGGCAAGAAGACCAUGGACAACCUGUUCCCUCAGCCUGCAGGAGACAGAGAUGGAGAUCAGGUGAAGCGCGAGCAGGAGUCUCUGUCGCCGACUGAGCCGAGAGACUUCGAUGAGGACAUACGGCGCAGCAUGGAGCAUGGACACUUCGAUCGGUAUUCACGAGCUGGUAGUAUGGCAGUGAGUGAGAUGGGCAAUCGCGCUCUCAAGGUCGAAUCCGGCGAGACACCCUUUCUUCCUCCACGCAGUACAGGGCGUGCUGGUGGUGGUCAGCGCACCACUCUUCGCGAUUCUUGGGGUAGGCAGACCGACAUUCCAGCCUUCCAACCUGGUCCUCCAUAUCGUGCCCCUACGCCUGUCGUUCCUUCCAACUGGCCAAACCAAUACCCAGCCACCAUGGCACCGCCAAACGGCCUGCCACCACCACCACUGCCAUCGAAUGGCUUGCCACCUACCACAUAUCCAACUCAUGCGCACCAACCAGUGAUCCAGGAUAUGGCCCUUCAGUUGGCUCUCGAGCGUCGCGAGCGUUUGUCUGUUCUCGAGUGGGCACACGCACGUGUCGCAGAGACUGAUAACAAGAUUGUUCAGUACCAGGCCUAUCAAGCGCGCCAGAACUCGAUCUUUCACAACCACCUCAACGCCGCCGAUCGUCGUCAAGUCACCCAGAACGGACAGAGUUCGGGGUCUGCUGCAGCCGACAGAGACUGGACUUUCGUCAAUCAGACUGGCCAGGAAGCUUCCGAGGACGAAGUGCACAUGGUAGAGUGA